CGUGUGUUUCGAUAUAUAUACAUAUAUAUCGUUGUAAAAGAGAAAUUGUGCGCUGUGCAGCGCACGAGAGCGCACGAGAGCUUGCUGCAAGCUCGCGCGUAAAAAGCUCGUCCGUAGGAGUGCGCGUGAUUUUCCUCGAAACCCUUUUUUUCAACGAACCCGGAGCUUUCAAUUACAGCUACGCACAGAGAGUGAGUGAGUGAGAGAGAGAGGAGAAAGCCUAUUGUUGUCACAGUGCAGUUUUAUGUCAUUCACCCCCUUUCUUCCGCGUUAACGCCGAAGUUGUGUGUUUUUUCAAGUUGCCGUUGUUUGUUGUUGUUGUUCGUCGCUGCUGCUGCAAGUUCAAAAAAGAGUUCAAAAAGUUCAGUGACACGCCUGCAGCAUUAUCAGUGCUACAUUACAACCGCCGCUAAUAAUCAUGCGGCUACGAGUCUUUUUUUUUAUCCUCAGUGUCUGAUCGUCAUCAACGCGAUCUCGUUUGAAACUUGCGGGCUAGUUGUUGUAAGCCGCAGUAGUGGUGCAAGAUCUUCUUGUUCCUACUACUGCUACUACUACAGCACACCGGAGAGAGAGCAGGAGCUCUCUCUCUUGUCUACGUCGUCGUCGGCUUGGGCUGACAAGGCCAUACCAGUGCGCCGAGUUCCAGCUCCUCGAUUUAUAGCUGCUUAUUAUUCAGGAUAGCCUCGUGCUCGCGCCACUACUACUCUGCUCUCUCAGCUGCUGCGCCGGCCUCUUCUGCUGGCUGUGCGGUGGUAUCAUCAAAGAUCGGGCGGAAAUAAGCCGGUAAUCAUCUGGGCAGUAAAAAAAACACAUUUCCAUUGGUGGUGCAGUUCUUUGGAGUGUGCUGUGGCAAGCGGCGUCGGCUUGAAGCGAAAAGGAUAAAAAGAGAUAGAGAGAUAGAAAGAAGCAGCAUAUAUACAUGCAGAAGCAGUAGCAUCAACAGCAUGACACAGAUAUUCAAGCAUCAGCGGGUUUUCACCGCAUCAAAGCUGCCACCGGCUAAACCGAUAGCUGGCCAAUCAAAGCUGCAUCAGUGCCUAUCGGACUUUUACGAGUAAAAGCUCUCUUCUCUCUCGACCAUCUAGUUCUGUGUCUGUGCGUGUGUGUGUGUGUGUGUGUGUGUGCCCUCUGACCUCUCUGUCCGCCACCGCCACCACCUCCGCCUCCCCCGAAGCAUCAUCCUCCCCUGCCCUCCUCCAUGACGUGCAAACCGAUUGCUCAGUCAAGAUAAAACUCUGUGCGUACAGAUAUAUACUUUGUCACUGCUCGAAACAAAAAAAAAUAGCAAAAAAAGACGACGAAAAUCGCUGCAGGAAGAUAGAAGGGCGAGUAGAGAGAGAGAUCGCGAAGGGAUCAGUUAUGCAUUGAUGUAGCGGCGGCGGCGGCGGGCGCUCAGAGUAGUGCCAAAUGCGAUCUGCAGUUUGCCCAGCGGGACCAGCGAACAGCGGCAAACGAAGUUGAGCGCGCGUUUUAUUUCGCGACUAUAUAUAUACCAGUCAGCCACCACCGACCGAGCUAGCUACUGUAGAGAAAAUAAGAGCAAGAGCCAAUUGGCCCGCAGCACAUUCGCUUAAAAUGUAAGAGGCGUAAGACCAUCGCCUCGAAGCUCUCGUUGUUCCGAUCCUCGUCUCUCGAGCUCGACUCCUCUCUCUAUCCUAUUUAUACCUUGGUUUUUCCGGGGAGUCGUGUGUAUAGAUAUAGAUAUGUGCUGAGCUUUCUCCCGACCCUCGGUACAAAUACACGUAUACGCACGAACGGACACAGACAGACAGACAGACAGAUAGACGCUGAGUCGCGGCAAGUGGGACUACUACUACAACCACGGCGUCUUUAUUUACCAAUGGGGCUGCAAAUAUCUUCGGUUGUUCUACUUCGUGGCCGCAGCGUAGUGCGUACGAUAUUCCUCGGGGCUGACUGUGGCGCUGACUCGAACUACUUCUACUACCAGUGAACAGUGUCGCGAUUGCGUCAGACCAACGGUCUUUAUUCUUCUCAUUGACUUUGGUGAGACAUGCCACGUACGCACACGGAUGGUGUCAGUGUCGUUGUGUUAAUAUAUAAGUGAUCGCCGUUGAAAAUAUAUAUAUAUAUAUAAGUGUGGAGUGCGCGUGGUGAAAUUCAAUCCGUGUCUGUGACUCGUGCUGCGAUCACCACAGUCAUAGAUCUAUCGCAUACAUCCGCAAGGCUCUCACGAACAUAUUACAAACAGUAUCGUCAACGAUAUCAUCAUCAUGAUCAUGAAGGAGAGUCGUCGUCGAAGGUGCUUGAGCGUCGUUUGGUCGCUGAUAGCCCUACUGUCGUAUCAAUCAGAAUGUGCAGCCAAAACUGGUGGCGGUGGCAACAACAACAACGGCGGCAGCAGCAACAGCAACGGCGGCAGCAGCAACAGCGUCGGCGGCGGCCUGGCCGUGGUGGAGCAUCAUCCGUCAUCCUACUGGGAGCAGCCCUUCAGCCAGCCGUACUUCGAUAACGCGACGAAGCGAGACACCACGACGACCGUCGGCCAAUCGGCCUACCUGCACUGCCGGGUUCGCAAUCUCGGCGAUCGAGCGGUAUCGUGGAUAAGGAAGCGAGACCUGCACAUACUGACGGUGGGCAUACUGACGUACACGAACGAUCAGCGCUUCCAGUCGCUGCACAGCGACGGCAGCGACGAGUGGACGCUGAAAAUCAGCUCGCCGCAGGUGCGCGACAGCGGCGUCUACGAGUGCCAGGUCUCGACCGAGCCCAAGAUCAGUCUGGCCUACAAGCUCAACGUUGUCGUGUCAAAAGCGAAAAUUGUGGGCAACUCGGAGCUGUAUAUCAAGAGUGGCAGUGACAUCAACCUGACCUGCGUUGUACUACAGACUCCCGAUCCACCAUCUUUUAUUUACUGGUAUCGGGGCGAGCACGUGAUAAAUUACAGCCAGCGCGGCGGGAUCAGCGUGGUCACGGAGAAGCAGACUCGCACGUCGCACCUGCUGAUCUCGCGCGCCCUCCCCGUGGACUCGGGCAAUUAUACUUGCGCCCCGUCGACCGCCGAGUCGGCCAGCGUGCUCGUUCACGUGCUCAACGGUGAGCAUCCAGCGGCCAUGCAGCACGGCAACUCGAGCAAUAGCGGCGCGGCGACGCGCACCUUGGCCCUGCUGCUGAUAAUCCUGCACGCGGGCUCGUUCACGAGGUGACUGCUAAACAACGAUAGUCGACCGCCGUCGUUGUCGUCGUCAUUUUUGUAACUUGCUGCGGCAGAAUUUCCCGCGGGGAAGACGCAACUGACUCCGCCGCGACUCGGUUCGGUCGCGAGCAAGAAUGAAAAUAUACACCUUCUCUCGAAGCUGCAUGGCGUUCAACGAAAAAUGAACGAAUCGCUGCCACGCAACCACCGAUAUACUUAAUCUAGUUUAUUCCUCCUCGCCCUCCCCUCCCACGUGUACAUUGAAAAACGUAUUUUAUGCAAGAAAAAAAAAAAUAAAAAUAAAAAUAACGAGUAAAACUUACGAAAAUAUAAUUGAUACGAUGGUAAAUGUUUUUUGAAGAACGCUCGAAUUUCCUACUGGUUUACUUUUUCGUUUACAUGCGUCGUGAUUAAGCUGCAGCAUAUAUAUACGUGAUUCUUGCGAAGUAAAAUUGUAAAAAAAACAUUUACGAAUCGAUGAUUUUAUACCCACACAUGAUACCAUGACACGUAGUGCGAGAAUCGAACAUGUACCGUCGCGUCAACCGUGAUAUUGAGAGAUCAUUUCUUUAAUUUUUUCAUGGUUAACAUGAAAUUUUGUAAAAACAAUAUAUAAUGAAGAUUAAUGUAUUAAUUAUAAUUUUCCUAAAUUAUCUAUACUUUUCUAGACAAUAUUACGGUUAACAUGACACAGACCAUAUAUAAUAUAAAAUAUUUACUUAUGUACGCAGAGUAGUUGAAAGUUCAAAACAGAGAGAUAUAAUAUGUGUCUGAGACUUGAGAAUUUUUAGUUCAAAUCGUUAAAAUAUUUUAUCAUUCUUUUUUUUUAAUUAUAGUUCAUUCGUGUGCAAAAACAAAGAAGUAAUUUAUUAAGUCGUAAAUAGAUCGGAUAUUCGACUGACAAAAAUCAACAACUUUUUUUCUGGAAUGACUUUUUCUCCUCUCUUUUUUUUUCAAGUACAGCUGUAUACAUGAAAUAAAUGUAUAUAAUUGCGCAAACAUUUCUCAAUUGUUAUGUUCUCCUUUGAUUGUGCUCUGUCGUUAAUUGUAAAAGUUGUAAAGCUUUGUGAAUGAGAUUGUGGAAGAGUUUAAGUGUGGCACGUCAAUCGGAAGUGAAAUACCGCACGAGUUAAUUUACAUAAAAUAAAUAGUCCAACGCGAUUAUAAAACAACAAAAUCAUUUGAUUUAUUCGACCGAAAUCGAAAUGUCUUCUUUCAUGGUUUUGCUGAUGAAGAGUAAAUUUAACGUUGAGUAUUUGGGCAAAUCUCUAGAACAUAAAUUGAUAAUUCCCGGACGAAGCACGAAGCUUUGUAGAGGCGAACUGAAAGCAUGAGUAAUAACAAAAGUAAUCAUUUCUCCAAUCAGUACACGAGUUACAGCGAAAUAUUAAUUAUAAUUGCAGCAAAUUUUGAUUUCAUACAUACUGCGACGUAAAUAAGUGAAAGAUUCACUAAUCAUACUUUUUCUUUUAGCAAUGAAAUGACUAAUUGAAGAAUUAUUUAGGUCGUACUUUUUGAUUAGCGAUACAGCUUUUCCUUUAUUGGAGUUGAGCUUAUAAAAAAACUGCUGCAUAUACAAUGGCUUCAUUUUUGCUGAUUCUGUAAUUCGAUGGUUUCAAAUCUAAUGAAAUUUUGUUAUUGCAUUUUUUUCAUAGUAGAAUGGUACAAAAGAUUGGAAAAUGUCUCAUUCUUAUUUAUAAGGUGAAAAGAUUUUACGAUGUCUCUGAAGCUUGUGUGUUUGCAUUUGAAGAAAUAUAGAGCAUGAAUUAAAUUUUAAAAAAUGUAAAAGAACAAAAAACCUUUGAAAUCUUAAAAGAAUUUCUCAUCUUUAAU